AUGGAGAUCACUUCGCCCGCCGUGCCGAGCCCAGGAGCUUCCGCUAACGGCGUUACGUCCCCGUCCUUUCCCACCAUCGAACCGGAGCGCGUUGUCGAGCAUCUCGCCUCCGUCUGCGAGAUCGCACUCGGUGCUACACGAGAGGAGCUCGAACAGCUUGGAAGCUUGCUCCACAAAGCUCGAUACAGCGAGACUGUCUCUCGCUGCACACGUUUUGCGAACGAUACCCAGAAUGUGCUUUACAUCCAGAAGGAUUUCGCAAGCUCAUCUGCGGUAGAGCCCGGGGCCGACCCCUCUGGUACAUUGGAUUCUAUUAUGGUCAAGGUUGCCCUUGCUGAUGUGAAAUUAGCGCCGACGUCUUACAACUACACGCUGUCCACCGAGAUCUCCUCGUCUCCAACGACCGUUGCUUCGCUUGUUCUUAUUAAAACGCCUCAGCCCAUAGAUCCGACCCGACCUCUCACAUCCCAAAUAUUCAUUACUAAUCUGCCUGGUCCUGCAUCACUGAACGCUGGAGUUGGAGAACAGGGCUCGGUACUCUCCCCUUGGGAGGUUCUUCAUUCUCAAGUUCAUCAUGCCUUGGUACCGUAUUUUGAUGCCAACACCAAGAGCCAGCAGCUGGCCAACGGGUCGCGAGGAAGGGCCGACGUGGAUGCCAAAACGGGAAUUCCUGUGACCAAGAAGCGACUCAACGACUUGGAACUAAGCUUGCUGCACCUCCAGCAGAAUGUCGACAUUCCCGAGAUCUCACUCACGUUCCAUUCGAUUGUUCAGAACGUCCUCGAUGAAGCUGAAGCCAACAACAACCGACCUUCCAUCGAUGGGAUCCCUCAGAACCUUCUUCAGGACAGCACGUUCCUCAACCGAUUGCAGGCCAAUGUCAAUACUUGGAUCAAGUCGAUUCAGGGAAUCACCAAGUUGACUAGAGACCCUUCUUCGAAUGCCAACCAGGAGUUCAGUACUGCGAGCCAGGAAGUCAAUUUCUGGCUGUCCAUGGAGUCAGCUCUAGAGGGAAUCGAGGGCCAGCUUCGCAGCGAAGGUGUUCUCUUGACACUGGACAUCCUUAAGCAUGCCAAGCGCUUCCAGGCUACCGUCAGUUUCACAGCCGAUACCGGUCUGAAGGAGGCUAUGGAUAAAGUGCAGAAGUACAACCAGCUUAUGCGAGACUUUCCCCUUGAUGAGUUGCUGUCCGCCACCUCGCUGUCUAAGGUUGAGGAGGCCAUUCAUCAGAUCUUUGGACAUUUGAACAAGAAGCUGAGAAUCUGCCCAUACCCUAUUCGUAGGGCUCUUCCCCUUGUCGAGGCCAUCUCUGCAGACCUCGACGAUGUGCUUCACAGGCUGUUGCCAGGUACCGAAUUGGUCAACCUUGAUUACCAGCAGUUCAAGAACAUCAUGGACACUUGUGAAGAGAUUUUCAAAACUUGGGAAGAGAAUGUCAAAGAAUUCACUAAUGUAGCUCGUGAGGUGACACGUCGAAGAAACGAGAAGUUCAUCCCUAUCAAGAUCGUCAAGAAGCAUUCUGAGCUCGAGGCAAGAAUCAAUUAUGUCGGCACUUUCCGUGACAACCACGAGCAGCUUCAACGCACUAUUGUGACCGUUCUAGGACCCCAAGCCAUUAUUCCAGGCGUGGCUGAGACAACUGGAUCUGAUGGUGUUAUUGUGGAGGAGAUGGGCGAUGUUGAUGCUGUAGAGGAAGUCAAGCAGGCUUGGGAGGCUCUUCAGAAUGUUGACUUGCUGGACGUCACGGAUCAGGGCAGGGAGCGAUGGGUACGAGCCGAGAACCUUUACAACGAACGUACGACCCGAGUAGAGAACUCGAUCAUCUCCAGGCUCCGAGACCGACUCGCCACUGCUAAGACUGCAAACGAAAUGUUCAGAGUUUUCUCCAAGUUCAACGCCCUCUUCGUUCGCCCCAAGAUUCGUGGUGCCAUCCAAGAAUAUCAGAAUCAGUUGAUGGAUCACGUCAAGCAGGCGAUCAACGGCCUGCACGAGCGCUUCAAGCAACAGUAUGGCCAUUCAGAGACACAUGCUAUGGCCCAAUUGCGAGAUCUUCCCCCUGUGUCUGGUGCUAUCAUUUGGGCACGCCAGAUCGAGUGCCAACUGGACAGGUACAUGGACAAAGUAGAGGCUGUGCUCGGCGAUAAGUGGACAUUGCAUGCUGAAGGUCAUAAGCUGCAUGAGGAGAGUGAGCUAUUCAAGCAGAAGCUUGACACUACUCGAAUUUAUGAAGCCUGGCUCAACGAUGUCGGACGACGCAAAAUCUCUAUUUCUGGACACCUUUUUGAGAUCGUCAGUGUGAGGUCUGCAGGUGGUAUUCUUGAACUCAACGUCAACUUCGAUCCCCAAGUCAUCACCCUGUUCAAGGAAACUCGCAACCUGACCUGGCAAUCUUAUUCGGUACCACAUGCUGUCACGACUGUGUCCAAAGAUGCGAAACGUGUAUAUCCCUAUGCUGUCAGCUUGAUGGAGAGCGUGAGAACUCUUUCCCAGACUCUUCGUCAAAUUUCUGGCAUGGGAGAGGAGUCGGUUCUUCUUAACGGAUACCGAAAUGACGUGUACAGGCUGAUUGGUGAAGGCGUGCCACUUCGAUGGGAAUCCUUCAUCAAUUCACAUGAGUUGUUCUACUCCGACAACAGACAAACCCGCCCGUUGUUGCCUGCUGGAAGUGAUUUUGGCCUGGCCAAAAACACCGAGAGUAAGCAUGGCAUGUUCGUUCGCGGCUUCGCAGCAGCUGUUUCCGUGCUCCAACAGAAGGCCGUCUCUUUGAGCUUCACCCAUGCCACUGUUGAACAAGCCUUGAAGGAACUCAAUACCUGCCCUUAUGAAGAGGCUGCUUUCCACAGUCGACUGGAUACGAUUCAAUCAGCUGUUGAUCAGCUGAACCUUGAGCAAUACGUCAACUUGGACUUUUGGGUGCGGGAGCUGAACGCCAAGAUUCAAUCUAUCCUUCUCACACGCCUGCAGAGUGCAGUCCAUUCGUGGAUUACAGCAUUCGAGGACGACACCCCUGAGGAAGAGUGGCGCAGGAGGACCAACAACGAAGAGAACAAGCCAGAAAGCCCGACCAUGAAGCGCCUCGUGCUCGAAGUGGUUAUGCGCAACCAGGUUAUCUACCUUGACCCGCCCCUAGAGUUCGCCCGUGCGAGCUGGUUCCUGCAUCUUCAUGAGUGGCUUGGAAUUGUUUGCAAUCUCCGCAAGAUCAAGGCCUCCCGAUACCAGAUGACCCUCACCACUACCGCCAACGACGAGCUGCGCUUUACCGACCUGCCUACUGAGUGCGCCGGAUUGUUGCAGCGUGUUUACAUUUCCGUUGAAAAGAAGCUCCAGGAAAUUAGCGCCUAUGUUGACAAGUGGUUACAGUUCCAAUCUCUCUGGGAUCUUCAGUCUGAACAAGUCUAUGAUGCUCUCGGAGAACCACUCCCACGAUGGUUGCAGCUCCUGCAGGAUCUCCGCAAGAACCGAUCCACGUUCGACACACAGGAGGUCAGCCGCGAAUUUGGUCACCUCACCAUCGACUAUGAUCAAGUUCAGACCAAGGUCAACGCAAAGUACGACCAGUGGCAGCAUGAGAUUCUGAUCAAGUUUGCCAGUCGUCUUGGCAACCGUAUGCGCGAUAUCAACGCAGAGAUCGAGAAAGCGCGCAAACACCUUGAGAGCCAAAGCUCUGACGCUUCAUCAACUGCACAGGCUGUGCAGUUUAUCACUGUUGUCCAGAGCUGCAAACGCAACGUCAAGACGUGGGCCCCUGAAAUCGACAUGUUUAGACAAGGGCAGUCAAUGCUCGUCAGACAACGCUAUCAGUUCCCCAACGACUGGUUGCACAUUGAGCAGAUUGACAGCCAGUGGGAGGCCUUGAAGGAAAUUCUUGAAAAGAAAUCGAGAAUUGUCCAAGAACAAAGUGACGCGCUCCGGGCUAAGAUUAGUGCAGAGGACAAGCUGGUCAACGAGCGGAUUGCCGAGAUCGCAGCCCAAUGGAACGAGGAGAAGCCGGUGUCGGGAACCAUUCAGCCUGACGUGGCGUCGGCUACCUUGUCUUCUUUCGAAGCUCGCAUCUCCAAACUGCAGGACGAUGCGCAGAUGGUCGUCAAGGCUAAGGAAGCAUUAGAUAUUCCCGCCAGCCUUGAUACCUCUCUCGAGUCGACUCUUGAGGAAGUCAGAGACUUCCAAUCUGUUUGGUCAAAUCUAUCCACUAUCUGGGCGAGCCUCAAUGAGACGCGUGACAUUCUUUGGACUGCGGUUCAGCCACGCAAGAUCCGUUCCAAGGUCGACGACCUCAUCAAGAGUACAAAGGAUAUGCCUAGUAGAAUGCGCCAGUACGCUGCUUUUGAGCAUGUUCAAGGUAUCUUGCGUGGUUUCCUGAAAGUCAACCCUAUUCUUUCCGACCUCAAGUCUGAUGCCAUUCGCGAGCGUCACUGGGUCAAGAUAUACAAACAAAUCAAGCCCCAAAAGCGAUUCUCGCCCAGCUCUAUGACUCUUGGCGAUGUCUGGGACCUCAACCUUGUUGCUACCGAAGUCAUCGUCAAGGACAUCAUUACACAGGCGCAAGGAGAGAUGGCUUUAGAGGAGUUCCUGAAGCAAGUCCGUGAGACCUGGCAGAACUAUGCGCUUGAGAUGGUAAACUAUCAAAAUAAGAUCCGUCUUAUCCGUGGCUGGGACGACCUCUUUGCAAAGUGUAGUGAGAAUCUGAACUCACUUCAGGCUAUGAAGCACUCUCCCUACUACAAAGAGUUUGAGGAAGAAGCUGUGGCUUGGGAAGACAAGCUCAACCGAGUACAUGUGCUCUUCGACGUGUGGAUUGAUGUCCAACGUCAAUGGGUUUACCUUGAGGGCGUCUUCACUGGCAACGCCGAUAUCAAGCAUCUUCUUCCCAUUGAAUCAGGACGUUUCCAGAACAUCAACAGUGAAUUUCUUGCUGUGAUGAAGAAGGCCAACAAAUCUCCAUACGUGUUGGAGGUUCUGAACAUUCCCAAUGUGCAAAAGUCGUUAGAGCGACUCGCUGAAAUGCUUAACAAGAUCCAGAAGGCUCUAGGUGAAUACCUGGAGAAGGAGCGUGUUUCGUUUCCUCGAUUCUACUUUGUUGGUGACGAAGAUCUUCUCGAGAUGAUUGGUAACAGCAACGAUACAUUGCGCAUUGCCAAGCACUUCAAAAAGAUGUUUGCAGGUCUCUCAGGUCUUGUCAUGGACGACGAGACUGUCAUCUCAGGUUUCACUUCCAAAGAGGGCGAAGUUGUCCGAUUGAAGAAGGAGAUCUCCUUGGCGAAAACUCCCAAGAUCAACGACUGGCUGGCUCUCCUAGAGGGCGGUAUGAAGUCGACGCUCGCUGAGCUCCUUGCUGAGGCUGUUGAUCAGUACACUCCUAUCUUUGAAUCGGAAAAGAUUGAUCGUGAGGCUCUGAACGCAUUUAUGGAUGCCUAUCCCAGCCAGAUCGUUGUUCUUGCCACCCAAGUAGCUUGGACUACAGCCGUCAACCAAUCUCUCACUGAUGGCGGCAGCACACUGAAACUUCUGUUCGAGCGUGAGGUAGAGGUUCUUCGAGUGCUUGCCGACACAGUCCUUGGAGAACUUGAAGUGAUUCUGAGAAAGAAAUGCGAACAGCUUAUUACUGAAUGCGUCCACCAGCGAGACACCAUCGAGAAGCUUAUUAAUGCCAACGCCAAUUCUACAGGUCAUUACCUUUGGCAGCUACAGAUGAGAUACGUUUACAACCCCGAGGGCGAGUUUCUGGACCGACUCUACAUCAAGAUGGCCAAUGCCAAGCUCAACUACGGUUUUGAGUAUCUGGGAGUUCCUGAGCGUCUUGUUCGCACACCUCUUACCGAUCGAUGUUUCCUCACUCUUACCCAAGCUCUGUGCCAACGUCUUGGUGGUUCACCUUAUGGACCCGCUGGUACAGGUAAAACAGAAUCAGUCAAGGCUCUUGGUGUACAGCUCGGUCGAUUCACCCUGGUCUUUUGCUGUGACGAUACUUUUGAUUUCCAGGCAAUGGGCCGCAUUUUCUUGGGUAUUUGUCAAGUUGGUGCUUGGGGCUGUUUCGACGAGUUCAACCGUUUGGAAGAACGAAUCCUUUCCGCCGUAUCGCAGCAGAUUCAAAACAUCCAGCUGGGCCUAAAGCAAGGUGCUGAAGACGACCAGUCACAGAUCGAACUGGUGGGCCGUCAACUCCACGUCAACGAAAACACCGGUAUCUUUAUCACUAUGAACCCUGGUUAUGCUGGUCGUUCCAACUUGCCUGACAACCUGAAGAAGCUCUUCCGCAGCGUGGCCAUGUCGAAGCCCGACAAGGAACUUAUCGCUGAAGUGAUGCUUUACUCUCAAGGUUUCAACCAAGCCAAGCAACUAUCCAAGCAUACUGUGCCUUUCUUCGACCAGUGUUCUGGCAAGUUGUCAAAGCAAGCUCAUUACGAUUUCGGUCUGCGUGCUCUCAAAAGUGUGCUGGUUAGCUCUGGUGGCUUGAAACGUGCUCGUCUGGGUGAGGGAACCCUAGGUGCCGAAGAGGUUGUUGAACCUGAAAUCAUUGUGCAAAGCAUUCGAGAAACGAUUGCGCCUAAACUCAUCAAAUCCGAUGUCGAUGUCAUGAUGACUAUUGAGACCGACUGCUUCCCCGGUGUGCAAUACGUCCCCGCCAACCUGGUGGCCCUGGAAGAUGCAAUUCGAACCCUGGCUGCUGAACGUCACCUUGUGGUAAACGAGCUUUGGAUGACCAAGGUUCUCCAACUGUAUCAGAUUCAGAAAAUCCAUCACGGUGUUAUGAUGGUCGGUAACUCUGGUUCUGGUAAAUCCGCAGCUUGGAGACUUUUGCUCGAUGCGCUCCAGAAGGUUGAGGGAGUCGAGGGAGUUUCGCACAUAAUCGACUCCAAGGUCAUGUCAAAGGAGGCCUUGUACGGAAAUCUCGACUCAACCACUCGCGAAUGGACAGACGGUUUGUUCACUAGCAUUCUGCGAAAGAUCGUCGACAACCUUCGUGGCGAGGACUCCAAACGACAUUGGAUCGUCUUCGAUGGUGACGUUGAUCCCGAAUGGGUUGAAAACUUGAACAGUGUCCUUGAUGACAACAAACUGCUCACGCUUCCCAACGGUGAGCGUCUUAACCUCCCAUCUAACGUGCGAAUCAUGUUUGAAGUCGAGACGCUCAAGUAUGCAACCCUGGCUACCGUCAGUCGUUGUGGUAUGGUCUGGUUCAGCGAGGACACGGUAUCGCCCAACAUGUUGGUCGAAAACUAUUUGUCCACCCUUAGCAGCGUCCCCUUCGAGGACUUGGAUGAAGACAAUGUUGCCACUGGUCAGAACCCUGCCAAAACAUUGGCUGUGCAGGGCGAAUUUGCGGCAUUGCUUCGUAUCUAUCUGUCUGAAGAAGAUUUCAUUAUUCAAGCUCUCAAGCAGGCCGAGGCCUAUAACCACAUCAUGGAGUUUACAGUUGCUCGUGUCCUCACGACUCUUUUCUCGCUGCUCAAUAAGGCAGUUCGGGAUGCCAUCGAUUAUAACGUACAGCAUUCCGAUUUCCCUCUAGAGUCUGAACAAAUCGAAUCAUUCAUCUCGAAGAAGCUUCUGUUAGCACUCGUAUGGGCACUCACUGGCGAUUGUCCUCUCAAUGACCGAAAGGCAUUCGGCGAUGAGCUCUGUGCAUUAGCCAACUUUGGCUCCCCUCCCAUCGACGGCACAAGCUCACUUAUUGAUUUUGACGUGACCCUACCCAAGUGCGAGUGGGCUCCAUGGCAGAACCAGGUGCCUACAAUAGAGGUCAAUACGCACUCCAUCCUUCAGACUGAUGUUGUCAUUCCUACUCUGGACACUGUCCGCCAUGAAGACGUCCUUUACUCUUGGCUCGCCGAACAUAAGCCCUUGCUGCUCUGUGGUCCCCCUGGUUCAGGUAAAACAAUGACUCUGUUCAGCGCUCUUCGCAAGCUGCCGAAUAUGGAGGUUGUUGGUCUGAACUUCUCAAGCGCAACAACCCCCGAUCUCCUCAUCAAGACUUUUGAGCAGUACUGCGAGUACAAGAAGACACUGAAUGGCGUUAUGCUCUCCCCCAGUCAAAUCGGUAGAUGGCUUGUUGUCUUCUGCGAUGAAAUCAACUUGCCUGCACCAGACAAGUACGGUACCCAGCGAGCUAUCUCUUUCCUGCGCCAGAUGGUUGAGCACAAUGGCUUCUGGCGAACAUCCGACAAGUCUUGGGUCACUCUAGAUCGCAUUCAGUUCGUGGGUGCUUGCAAUCCUCCAACUGACGCUGGACGUACGCCUAUGGGUGCCAGAUUCCUUCGACAUGCACCGCUCAUCAUGGUUGAUUAUCCUGGUGAGCUAUCUCUCAACCAGAUUUAUGGCACGUUCAACUCUGCAGUUCUCAAAAUCAUCCCUUCACUUCGAGGAUACUCUGAAGCCCUUACCCACGCCAUGGUUCGUUUCUACCUUGAGUCUCAACAGAGAUUCACGCCAAAGAUUCAGCCCCACUACGUAUACAGUCCUCGUGAGCUGACACGAUGGGUUCGUGGUGUUUACGAGGCUAUUCGACCUCUGGAGAGUUUGUCUAUCGAAGGCCUGAUCCGAAUCUGGGCCCAUGAAGCUCUCCGUCUAUUCCAAGAUCGGUUGGUUGCUGAGGAAGAGAGGCAAUGGACUGACGAGGGCGUGCGUCGCAUUGCACUCGAAUAUUUCCCCAACAUCGACGAGGAGAAGGCUCUCGGAGGCCCUAUCCUCUUCUCCAACUGGCUGUCUAAGAACUACGUUCCUGUGGACCGCGAGCAAUUGAGAGACUUCGUCAAAGCAAGACUGAAGACUUUCUGUGAAGAAGAAGUCGACGUGCCUCUGAUUCUAUUUAAUGAUGUCUUAGAGCAUGUGCUACGUAUCGAUCGUGUCUUCAGACAGCCCCAAGGCCAUCUAAUCUUGAUUGGUGUUAGUGGUAGUGGCAAGACUACCCUGUCUCGUUUCGUGGCCUGGAUGAACGGUCUCAAGGUUUUCCAGAUCAAGGUGCAUGGCAAGUACUCGGCCGAGGACUUUGACGACGAUCUGCGGGAUGUUCUUCGACGAUGUGGCUGCAAGGGCGAGAAAAUCUGCUUUAUCAUGGACGAGUCAAACGUGCUGGACUCUGGCUUCUUGGAGAGAAUGAACACCUUGCUCGCCAACGCCGAAGUUCCAGGUCUUUUUGAGGGUGACGAAUAUGCUGCCCUCAUGACUGCUUGUAAGGAGGGUGCUCAGCGACAAAACCUGCAUCUAGACUCCCCCGAAGAGUUGUACAAGUGGUUCACCCAACAGAUUGUCAAGAAUCUGCACGUCGUCUUUACCAUGAACCCACCUGAGGAUGGUCUCUCUUCCAAGGCUGCUACUAGUCCCGCCUUGUUCAAUCGUUGUGUUCUUAACUGGUUUGGCGAUUGGUCUGACCAAGCCCUGUUCCAGGUUGGCCAUGAGCUCACUCAUUCCAUCGAUCUGGACCGAAGUAACUUUGAGUGUCCUGAUACUGUCCCUGUGGCCUAUCGUGGCCUGCAACUUCCUCCUUCUCACCGCGAGACGGUUGUCAAUUCGAUGGUGUACAUCCACUACUCUCUCCAACGAUACAACGAAAAGCUCUUGAAGCAGCAGGGCAAAGUUACUUUCUUGACCCCCCGUCACUUCUUGGACUUCAUCACUCAAUACGUAAAACUCUACACUGAGAAGCGAGAGGAUCUCGAAGAGCAGCAGCGACAUCUGAACGUGGGUCUAGAGAAGCUUAGAGACACCGUCGACAAGGUCCGAGAUCUUCGAGUCAGCCUGGCGGAGAAGAAAACACAGCUGGAGCAGAAGGAUGCAGAGGCCAACGAGAAGCUUCAGCGAAUGGUGGCUGAUCAGCGCGAAGCAGAGCAGAGGAAGAGUACCGCUUUGGAAAUUCAGGCUCAUUUGGACAAGCAGGAAGUUGAGGUUGCUUCAAGAAAGAAGGUUGUGCUAGAGGACCUUGCCAAGGCAGAGCCUGCCGUUGAUGAAGCAAAGGCCAGUGUCAGCAACAUCAAGCGUCAGCAAUUGACCGAAGUCAGGUCCAUGGGUAACCCUCCUCAAGGCGUGAAGCUUGCUAUGGAUGCUGUGUGUACCUUGCUUGGUCACAGAAUCAAUGACUGGAAAGCUGUGCAAGGUAUUGUUCGAAAGGACGAUUUCAUUGCCAGUAUCCUCAGUUUCAACAACGAGGAAAAGAUGACCAAGGCUCUGAGGAACAAGAUGCGCAGCGAUUACUUAUCUAACCCCGAGUUCACGUUCGAGAAGGUGAACCGUGCCUCCAAGGCUUGCGGUCCUCUUGUCCAAUGGGUCAGCGCUCAGGUCAACUACUUUGAUAUCCUCGACCGUGUCGGUCCACUCAAGCUCGAGGUAGAGCAGCUAGAAGAACAAGCCCUCCAAACAAAGGCCGACGCCCAGGCUACACAAGACGAAAUUGCAGGACUGGAGUCCAGCAUCAACAAAUACAAGACCGAAUAUGCUGCACUCAUCAGUGAGACACAAUCCAUCAAGGCUGAGAUGUCAAAGGUCCAGUUCAAGGUCGACCGCAGUGUCCGACUUCUUGACAGUCUAUCAUCAGAACGAGUUCGCUGGGAAGAGGGUAGCAAGUCUUUCGAGAUUCAGAUCAGCACUCUCGUAGGAGACGUUCUUGUUGCCGCUGCUUUCCUGGCCUAUAGCGGUCUCUAUGACCAGACUUUCCGCAAGUCCAUGAUGGAUGACUGGUUCCAUCAGCUUCACCUCUCUGGCAUACACUACAAGUCACCAAACCCUGUCACCGAAUACCUUUCCACUGCAGAUGAGCGCCUGGGCUGGCAGGAGAAUACUCUUCCCGUGGAUGACCUGUGCACCGAGAAUGCUAUUAUCCUCAAGCGUUUCAACCGUUACCCUCUCAUCAUCGACCCCUCAGGGCGGGUUACGGAAUUCUUGCAGAGAGAGUGUAAAGAUCGCCGCCUAACAGUGACAAGUUUCUUGGAUGACACCUUUACCAAGCAACUUGAAAGCGCUCUUCGUUUUGGAAACCCUAUCCUUAUUCAGGACGCUGAGCACUUGGAUCCUAUUCUCAACCAUGUUCUCAACAAGGAAUAUCAGAGGACUGGUGGUCGUGUUCUUAUUCAACUUGGCAAGCAGGAGAUUGAUUUCUCACCCGCGUUCAAGAUCUACCUCUCAACUCGCGAUCCUUCGGCUACUUUCGCCCCCGAUAUUUGCAGUCGAACCACCUUUGUGAACUUUACUGUUACUCAGAGCAGUCUUCAGACACAAUCCCUCAACGACGUCCUCAAGUCUGAGCGUCCCGAUGUCGAUGAGCGACGCUCCAACCUUAUCAAAUUACAGGGAGAGUUCAAGGUUCAUCUACGACAACUGGAGAAAAGAUUGCUGCAGGCCCUCAACGAAUCUCGUGGUAACAUUCUUGACGACGACAACGUCAUUGAGACACUUGAGACCCUCAAGACUGAGGCCGCCGAAAUCUCAGGCAAGAUGAGCAACACUGAAGGUGUCAUGGCCGAGGUUGAGGAGAUUACGCAACAGUACAGCAUUAUUGCUCGAUCCUGCAGUGCUGUCUUCGCUGUUCUGGAACAAUUGCACUACCUUAACCACUUUUAUCAGUUUUCGCUCCAGUACUUCCUUGAUAUCUUCCAGUCAGUUUUACACGGCAACAAGAACUUGGCCGGCCAAACCGACCACAACAUUCGACGCGAUGUCAUCGUCAAGGAUCUCUUUGUCAACACGUUCAAGCGGACAGCUCUGGGUCUACUUCAAAGAGACCGGGUCACCCUUGGAAUGUUGCUCGCGCAGGCCUCGCCCUACAAGAUGGACAAGACAUUGAUCGAUGUCAUCCUCGAUAACCGUAUUGAAGGCAAGGACCUUUCUUCCAACCCUGAUGAUAGAGAUAAUGCUUUCGCACAAGCCAAGAAGAUCAGCGUUCUCAAAGAAAAGAUCGAUGCUAUCCCUGUCGAGGAUUGGGACAAGUUCUUCACAGAAGAACUGGCUGAGAAUUUUGUGCCACUGAUAUGGGAUGACAACACUGACGCUAAUGAUCAAGCCCUACUGUCUCUCCUGCUUGUCAAGCUUUUCAGGAUGGACCGAUUCGUUCCUGUGGCAGAGCGUUUAGUCAACCAAGUCUUUGGCUCAGGCAUCUUUGAUGUUGUCGAGGACCUGAAGGAGACAGUCACCCAAGUGUCUGCGACUCUCCCUAUCUCUAUGGUGUCGAGCCCUGGCUUCGAUGCCAGCUACAAGGUUGAUAACUUGGUCGAGAGAAUGCGCGUCAAGUGUACCAACAUUGCAAUGGGUUCCAACGAAGGUCUUGCAAGUGCCGACAAGGCAAUUAGCAAUGCUGCGCAAACAGGCUCGUGGGUCUUGGUCAAGAACGUUCAUCUGGCACCUACAUGGCUGCAGAGCUUAGAGAAGCGCAUGGAAUCACUUAACCCUCACUCAGACUUCCGACUUUUCUUGUCUAUGGAGUCGAGUCCCAAGAUUCCAGUCAACCUACUCCGAGCAUCUCGUGUACUGAUGUACGAACAACCUGCAGGUGUCAGAGCCAACAUGAAGGACUCGAUGUCUUCGUUGUCUACACGAGCGACGAAGAGUCCUGUCGAAAGGACGCGGUUGUAUUUGCUCUUAUCAUUCUUGCAUGCUGUUGUACAGGAGAGAUUACGAUAUGCACCCAAUUUGGGUUGGAAGGGAUUCUGGGAGUUCAAUGACAGUGACUACGAAUGCUCUGCCUUCAUUGUUGAUACUUGGGUGGAUGAUGUGGCUGGCAACAGAACCAAUAUUGCUCCCCAGAAUAUUCCCUGGGAAAUGCUCCGCUACAUGGUAACUGAAACUUACGGUGGCAAGAUUGACGAUGAAGGGGACUUCAAACUUCUCUCUCAGCUUGUCACAUCUUUCUUGACUCCUUCUGCCUAUGAAGUUGACCACAAGCUCGUCGACGGACCUGACGGUGGCCUUACUGUGCCGUCCGGCACCAGUCUUCAGGACUUCAACGCUUGGAUUCACCGUCUCCCUGAGCGCGAGCCGCCCACAUAUCUUGGGCUUCCCGCAAAUGCUGAGAAACUCCUGCUUGGUGGUCUUGGCCGAAGCCUGGUGGGCAAUCUGCGCAAGGUUACUGAAUUGCUUGAUGAAGGCGAGCAGUUAGUGACAGAAGUGUAA